AUGGCCGAACUUGCUGCACUGGGCGUCGCAGCCAGUGUCCUUCAGGUUGUCGAUUAUGGCACCCGCUUCCUCACCACGCUAUACCAAGUCAGACGAUCGAAACAUGACUUUCUCAAUAAUCUUCAAACUCUACACAGCUCAUCAGACAAUCUUCGGGAUGCCCAGCAUGAGCUUCAGAUCAUUUGUCACUCCGGAUCAAACACAGGUGCAGCGAUAUCGUCACUCGCCAAAAAGAGUGAAGCGAUUGCGAAAGAAAUGCUUGACUCACUGAAGCGCAUUGAGGAAAAUAGCCAUGGACGGAAGCGCGACGCGGUGAUCAAAACAUGGCUGAUAAUCUUGAAGGAGGACAAAUUGAAAAGCCUUGAAAGCAGAUUGACAGAGGUCAAGGCCGACCUGACGUUCUACCUGUCCGUCAAUUUGAGGGCUACUGCAAGAGAGACUCUGGAUAACCAGAUGCAGAUGUUGCUGGAGAUGCGCGAUAUGCGAGCAGACAUAAAAGCCAUGGGAGACGCUUCGAGUGCAUCCGAAAUUCAAGCAGGCUUCGGUUCGUUAGCAAUGGAGUAUCUCACUGGCGGUCUACAUGAGCGCCAGAAACUCAAGUCCGAGUUCACAGAUGCCUUGAUCGCUCGUAUUCACCAUUCUGAGGCCAAGGCGCCAUCAGAUUCAUCAAGCAUCCAAUUAUCACCACAGAGACGACAACAUUUGGAACAGAUCUUCAUCUCAAGGAUCCGAUACGAUACCAUACAAGAGAGAGAACUCACAAUAAAGGAAGCUCACAAGGGAACCUUUCGCUGGAUCUUCAAUGACAAUAACGCUGAGACUUCACCGAUUGGCUUUAAAGAGUGGCUUGUAUCCGACGGUAGCCUCUACUGGAUCACCGGAAAGCCAGGCUCAGGAAAAUCCACGCUGAUGAAGUACCUCCUUCAGCCUGUUGAUGAAUCAAGCAAUGCGAACAGAUGCAACGAAUAUUUACAGCAAUGGGCGGGAGACCGGAAGCUUACGAUUGCCUCCUUUCAUUUCUGGGCUAUUGGAUCAGACAUACAAGCGAGCAAAGAAGGGUUGCUUCGAACCCUGCUUGUUCAGCUUUUUCGCGCGCACCCAGAUGUCAUUCCACUUGUUGCUUCGUCACGUUGGGAGUCUUUGUGUCUUUUUAAUGAGGACCCCAGGCGCCUGAGCCUGGAUGAAUUGGGCAACAUGUUUCGCCAAGCAAUCAAACACAUCAGCACCCGAGCCAAGCUUGCACUGUUUAUCGAUGGCUUGGAUGAGUUUGAUGGCGAUUGCAACGCUCUUAUAUCCCUGAUACAGGAGUGCAUCGCAUCUCCAAUCAAAGUUUGCGUCUCAAGCCGCCCUUGGACAGAGUUUGAGAACGCUUUCGGAUACUAUCCUAGGCUGAAGAUGGAAGACCUCACCUACGACGAUAUCACGAAGUAUGUCGUUUCUAAAUUCGAAGCAAAUACUCAAUUCGCAAGGUUUCAGAAACUACAUCCUCAAUUUGCUGGUGCUUUGAGCCACUCAAUAGCCGACAAAGCGAGUGGUGUCUUUCUAUGGGUCACCAUUGUUGUCGCGUCGCUCUUGGCUGGGAUGAUGGCCGGCGACCGCGUUGAAGAUCUCAAGAAUCGGCUCAAUCUGCUUCCAUCAGAAAUGGAUGAACUCUAUGGAAGGAUUAUCGACAGUAUUGAUCCUUUGUAUCGCGAACAUGCCGCCCAGCUCUUCAAGCUAGUUUACGCGUGCAACGGGACAACUUCGCUACGUAUACUGUGGUAUGCGGACGAGGUCGACUUUUUAGAGCGGGCCAUUGACGAAGACCCGAGUGCUGUCCCUUAUGAGGAGGUGAUAGGCCGACUAGAAGAUAUGCGGCGUCGUAUUGAUCUCAGCGGCAUAUACAUCCUUGGCAAAGCUCUGGGUGAGGUCAAAUGCACGAAGCAAAUCCGGGACUAG